UCUUCAGUGGAAAACAAUUCAUCUGUCUUGGUGGGGUGACAAUGACGAUCGGAAAUUCGUGAUUUCUGACGAACGAAUCGAAUUAUACGCGAUGAACAUUGCAGUCUCUAUUGUUAUCUUUGCGCCGUCGACGCCGUCCUCCCAUUUACAAGUCUCUUAA